AGCGCUCCUGUGAACAUUCCGCACAUGCGCAGUAGGCCCAGCAACGAUAACUUCCUGCCAAAAAGUGCUCCCUAACAACAGACAAAGCUUGACACUGUGGAUUCCUUUGAAGACGCUUAAUUAAAAGCGUUUUUCGUUCACCCCAUCAAUGGCUCCGGAGCAGCCCUCCCGGUGCAGAGAGUAGGCUGUGAGGCGCAGACAUGUCCGCUCGCUCCGCUGCAGAGAUGGUCCACUCGCAGGAGACCGUCGAGCUACCGGCAAAGAAGCCGAGGCUUGGGAAUAAAGGCGGACUGGAGGAAGAGCCCAGUAGCACUAGGAGCCCAGCUGCAGUGUUGGGUCCAUCGGAGCAGGAGAGCUCUUACUCUGCCCUGGCCACAGCCCAGCUUGAUCCAGGUGAUCAGGACCCGUCUGACUCGGAGAGGGUGGCGGCAGCUCGACCGUGCGGAGACUCCAUGAACUCGUAUGCACAUUCUGCAGCGGACUCGACGGGGACCUCUGAGUACACCCAACAGGUUUAUCAGGGAAGCGACCCGGCAGUGACGUCGUACACCAGCCAGGUGGCCUAUCCCCCGCUGGCCCAGUCCACCGUGUACUCGGCCUUCCCCCAGACGGGCCAGACGUAUGGCCUCCCGCCCUUUGGUGCUAUGUGGCCAGGCAUUAAAACUGAGACAGGGCAGCCUGAGGCGCCCUCUGGUGGCCAGCCUGGGUUUCUCAGCUUCAGCACCGCAUACACCUCAACCCAGCCAGCCCAGCUGCACUACUCAUACCAAGGCUCAAGCUUCACCACAUCCAGUGUGUACUCCAGCAUCCCGUCCGCAACGGCGGCCACCACAACCUCCACCACAGCGGCACACCAGGAAUUUAGCGGCUACAACUCUCUGGGCCAGAAUCAGUUCUCUCAGUACUACACUCUGCCUCCCAGCUACGUUCCUGCCGGGCUGCCCAGCAGCGACGACCAUGGCGCCGGCGUGGGAGCAGCCGGAUAUUCGGCUGUGAAGUCCGAGGAGGCCGCCUCGGCCGGGCUGCCUCCCCGAGAUGCGUCGCCACCUGAGAACCUCCCGGCAGGCGCCGCCCUCCCUACUAGUGUGGGCGUCCCGGCCGGAGCCAGAGAUCAGGACGAGGUUGGACGCAGGAACUCCGUCGGCAAAGCCAAAGGGAAGGGCAAGAGGUCCGACAGCUCGUCGCCUGCUGACAGCGACCUGGAGCGCAUUUUUCUCUGGGAUUUGGACGAAACCAUCAUCAUAUUCCACUCCCUGCUCACCGGCUCCUACGCACAGAAGUUUGGAAAGGACCCUGCGACGGUGCUGAACUUGGGCCUGCAGAUGGAGGAGCUGAUCUUUGAGCUGGCCGACACCCACCUUUUCUUCAACGACCUGGAGGAAUGUGAUCAAGUCCAUGUUGAGGACGUGGCCUCUGAUGACAAUGGACAGGACCUGAGCACCUACAACUUCCUGGCUGAUGGCUUUAAUGGUUCCAGCGGGGGAGGGGCUUCCGGUACCACGGCGGGGGUCCAGGGAGGCGUGGAGUGGAUGCGCAAACUGGCCUUUCGCUACCGCCGGCUAAAAGAGAUCUACAGUAACUUUAAAGGGAAUGUUGGCGGCCUGUUGAGUCCCAUGAAGAGGGAGCUGCUUCUGCGGCUUCAGGCCGAGAUCGAGAGCGUCACGGACACGUGGCUCUGCACGGCGCUCAAGUCUCUGCUGCUCAUCCAGUCCAGGGGGAAGUGUAUGAACGUGUUGGUCACCACCACCCAGCUGGUUCCCGCUCUGGCAAAGGUGCUGCUGUACGGUCUGGGAGACGUGUUCCCCAUCGAGAACAUCUACAGCGCCACUAAGAUAGGGAAAGAGAGCUGCUUUGAGAGGAUCGUCUCUCGCUUCGGGAAGAAGGUGACCUAUGUGGUGAUCGGCGACGGUCGAGACGAGGAGUUUGCAGCAAAACAGCACAAUAUGCCUUUUUGGCGAAUCUCCACUCACGGCGAUCUCGUGUCCCUGCACCAAGCGCUGGAGCUGGACUUCUUGUAGAGGAGGCGGUGUGUGUGUGUGUGUGUGUGUGUGUGUGUGUGUGUGUGUGUGUGUGUGUGUGUGUGUGUGUGUGUGUG